AUGUCGUCAUCGAUUGCACGGCACGGGACCAGAGUGUCAUCGAUCGUUCGCCCUACUAGUGGUGCACGAAAUGCCAUCCAAGGCCUGACACAUCUACUGAAUGCCAUCAAAGACUACGGACAAGUUCGACGUUUUCUGCUCGUCAGCUGUCAGACAGUUUACGGACUUUCUGACGGUGUCGAAUCGGCGCCGUUGACGCCAGUCGGCUGGCGAGGUGCGGCACUUAUGUCGGCUGAAGCAAUGCUUCACUCAUACGUCGUUUCUUAUCAACUCCCGUUGGCCGUGGUCAGGCUCAGCUACGGACUGAUCAACGACUCUCUCGAACGCCGGCUUGACUCUUCUGACACCCCUUAUG